GUCAAGUUUGAAGAAAUGCCAUCCAGCAUCCCGGACGGUCCCUAUGAAGUGAACGUGGAUCUGUCCGCCGUCCGGGAAACAUUUAAAUCCUCUGAUGAAUUCUCCAUCAUCAAGGAUGAUCACGCAAGGACCCAAAUCCCGUUCGCCUUUGGGGCGUACUUGAAGGGUUUCCCCAAAGGUGCUGGUCGGCUAUCGGCAGGGGUGGCCCUCUUGGACAAGGAUCCCGAGGCCAAAAAAUGGAACGACUCCAUUGUUUCAGACCUUUAUGGCAAAAUUGGCCAGGUCCUGCUGCGUCCCUUCGUUGCUCAGCUUCAAAAUAAUCUGGGGAGGCCGGUUCAGGCUUCUGAUCUUCCCAAAGAUGACAUUAUACAGGCUCAG